AUGACUAAAUGCAGCGACCAUGAAUAUCAAUGUCAUUAUGGUGGUCAAUGUAUUCCAGCAGAAUUCGCUAAAGACAACAGAAUAAGUACUGAUUGUCUAGAUGGUAGCGAUGAGCAAGAGGAAAAUUUUCAAUUUAGUUGGUUGAUCAAUCCCCAGUGUACGAAUAUUCAAACAUUUCAAUGCCAGGAACGUACUACUCGAUAUCCUUUCUCGUUCUCAUGUGGUGAUGGUCAAUAUUUAUCGUCCUUUGAUUUGCCUAAUCUCAUACGUAGCUGUUCGAAUUAUCGAGAUAUAGAAUUCUCACGCUCAAUCCUUACUUCGCUGGAUCAUAUCUCAGACAUUGACUGUCGGGAUGCAUUUCUAUGUGCUAUGUACUCCAAUCGAACAGAAACUACAGGGCAGCCUAGUCCUGCAGACAUAGGACCGUUUGAAUCGAUUAUUGAUCAUGUUUGGGAUGAAGGCUGUCAACCGUUAUCUCAGCAUUGCAUGAUGGAAUGGAUCGUCAUACCUGAAAAUCCGACAAUGUUUGAAUUUUUUCAAUUCGUUUAUUUGACAAAUCGAUCGACAAGUGAAUUUCAAACAAGCCCUGCACCUGAUUUUAUUUGUUUCGAUGCACAACGAUGUCCUGCAUUAUUGGCUACGAUCACCUCCAUUAAUAUAGUUAAUAGUCUUACAUGCUGCCAUAUUUCUAAUCUAAUAGAAUAUGUCGAAUAUAUGGACUUUUAUCAAUUGCCAUCAACGUUCCUGAAUUUUGGUCAUGGAAUGGCCGAUUGCUUGUACUAUGACGAUGAAUAUUUUAAUGCGUGUCAUUUGAACGACUCAAAUCGAUUUAUUUGCACAUCAGAUCCAAACAAAUGUAUAUUGCCUGUUGCAAUUGGAAAUGGAGAGAAUGACUGUCAUCUAGGAGAAGAUGAAUUACAUACAUAUACAUUCGAUCUAGUAAGAUUAGUACGGUUUGCAGUUCUAUGUAAUGGAGUCUAUAACUAUAAAGCCUCGUCAUUGAACUUUCCAGAAACUGAUGAAACCAAUUGUGAAUUGUGGCCAUGCAACAAUCCAUAUACCCGUUGUGACGAAUUUUGGCAUUGUUCAAAUGGUAUUGACGAGUUAAAUUGCCCAAAUAGUCUAUGCUUGUCAAACGAGUAUGUAUGUGGUGGCUUCUCUUUCGAAAUCUCGUAUUGUUUACCUCGUGCUCAUUUAUUUGAUAAAUAUCUCGAUGAUUGCAGCAAUCCAUCAACUUCUCGUCAGGUUAUUUUCUAUAAUGGAACGAAGGAUAUCAGUAAUGAUUACAUGUCGUGGAACAAGAGUAAGUGUAAUAUUUUAGAGGAAAUCUGUCGAAGUGCUAUCAAUACAUCAAUGCUACGAGCACAGUCAGAUUUGUACGUUCAUGAAUGUAAUCAAGUAGGUGAGACUUUGACGACGCCUGUUCACUUUUUCGAGCAUAUUGAACCCAUAUGUUAUCUUGACGUGAAAAGGGGCUAUAAAAUGGCUGCUGGUGUACUUCUCACAUGCGCCCGAUUCGGUUAUUUCCCACUAAUAAUGAAUAAUCGCUCGAUAACGAUUAUUGUCAAAUAG